AUGUCCAGACCAGAAGACCAGUGCAAUUUAGACGAUUUGCAGGCUCUAACCAUGGGCACGGAGAACCUUAUGUUCCCGACAGACGACACGGAUACCCCGAUGGGACAGAUACCUGUACCGCAUGGAAUGAAGCUGGACUCGGCUGUCAUACCACAAGCUGAGGUGCACCAGCCAUUGUCGAUUGCAUCUCGAGAUCUCGCCAAUCAGCCUUGUUCCCCAGGUACAAUGUUCGUCGAUGCUGCUAAAAACUGGUAUAUCAUUGAUGCACAUGGAUAUGCUGUUCCCGUGAAGCGUGUUAUGCCUGGAAUGACACAAAGUUUGUCGCCUAUAUCUCCAUCAGAUCAAAUUAUCAAGGGCUCCCCGAGUCCACCUGCGGGAAGGAGACGAGCAAAGUUCCAGUAUGUUUCUAUCAAUAGAGGCACAAAAUCAAAGGUGAAGUCGCCAGUUGAUCAUCACUUGGGAAUGAACCAGAGGGUUUGGUACGACAGGUUCUAUUCGUGCUCCACCAAUCGAUACGGUGCUGACAGCUUCGGCAUACUUGCCUUGGGCUCCGAUACCAGUCUUAGGAGUAAUGCCUUGAACAAAGUAGGAUCACAGGCCGACCCGCAAUAUAGAAAAUGUAUUGAAGGAGAAAAUUCCAGGCGUGAGCUAAUCAGAAACGGAAUCUCUCCUCAAGUACAUGUCAAUAAUAUCAGCAACAGAGCAAAUGACAGCGACGUUUCUGAUGCUGGAUCCUCGCAUACUUCGGGCAAUUCUAGAUGGAACUCAAGUGAAGUGACCAGCAAUUCAAACUUGUCUGAUAUGACUAGGAACGACAGUACUGGACAUUUGCAUAAACUAUAUAACGAAAGAGAACCGAGAGGAGAGUCAGGUAGAGACACUGCAGAUGAUUUCAAGCAACAAGUGAAAAAUGGACGGGUGCAGCAUUCAAAAACAGAAUAG